AUGAUGCCCUCUCAAGUCCUCAUUUCAGGCCUCAUACUCCUUCUCCCAGCUGCUGUGGAUUCUUUCCCACAAGUGCAUGGAGUGGUGGGUCACCCUGUCACACUGCCAUGCACAUAUCCAGUGUCUGAUGGAAUGUCAUCCAUGUGCUGGGGCCGAGGGGAAUGUGCUUCUGAUACGUGUGGACAAACACUUAUCCGGACUGAUGGACACAAAAUCUACUAUCGGACAAACAACUGCUACCAGCUGAAGAGUCAGCUUCUUCAAGGAAAUGCGUCCUUGACAAUAGAGAGUGUCGUUGAGAGUGACAGUGGUGUCUACUGCUGUGGAGUGGAAACGAAGGGACAGGAUGGUGUGCAGAGCCUGAACUUCUCACUGCAAGUUCAACCAGACAAAAAGAUUAUGGAUCUAAAGGAAACCCAAAAUAUUAGAGUGUUCAUGUUUGAGAGAUGGCUCUUCAGUGUGGAAAGACUGGACAUCAUUUUAACAGUGAGUGUAAGGAGAGACAGCUAG